AUGUGGUCUGGUGAUGCAGAUUAUGAAAUAUUUAAAGUUCAUGAAUGGCCUACCAAUAUGGCUGUGGACUUGGACAAGAGAUCAUGCACAUGGAUGCCAUGUAUGCAUGCAUGUGCCGCUUUGGCCAGGGUUGGUAAAAAGCCAGAUAAAUUCUGUCAUUACUGGUUGACCAUGGAAGCAUACAACAACACCUAUGCCUUCCAUAUAAAUCCAAUUCCUGGUCAGGCACUGUGGGAGAAAUCAUCACAUAAUAGACCUCAAGCACCAAAGUUCAAGAAGAAGCCAAGGCCAAUUAAGAAGAAUAGAAGAAAGGAUGCUGAUGAGGAGCCAAGUAGAGGUCACACCAAGAGGAAUUGUCGUAAGAGGGCCGUUGACGAAGAAUCAGCUAUUGUGGCUGUUGCAGCUGCUGUAAAUGGUGGUGAUGCCCCACCUGUGCCACAGGAUUAA